CUGAGGAACAGGUGCACAUGCUGCUGGAUGCCAAAAUGCAGUGCCUCCACACUGUGUCUGCCAAUGACAUUGCUGGGGACACAUGUCCUCCAGAAUGGGAUGGUCUGAUCUGCUGGCCACAAGGGCACCCUGGAACUGUGAUCAAAGUGCCAUGUCCCAGAUACAUCUACGAUUUCAACCAUGGAGGCAAUGCCUAUAGGAAGUGCGAUUCCAACAACUCCUGGGUGCUUGGAGAUGGGGUGAAUAAAACUUGGGCCAACUACACCGAGUGCAUCAAGUCCCCUGGACCCAACAGAGAACGACAAGUGUUUUUUGAGAGGCUUCACGUCAUGUACACUGUGGGGUACUCGGCCUCCUUUGGCUCUCUGCUCGUUGCCAUCCUCAUUAUUGGAUACUUCAGGCGCCUGCACUGCACACGGAAUUUCAUCCACAUGCAUCUAUUUGUGUCCUUCAUGCUCCGAGCCGUGAGCAUCUUCGUGAAGGACUGCGUGGUGCACAGCAGCGACGGCCUGCAGGAGUUUGACGCCAUGCUCAUGAACAACUUUACCAACGCGGUGGGCGUGGCGCCGGUGAACACAUCUCAGUAUAUGGGUUGUAAAGUGACAGUCUUUCUGUUCAUCUAUUUUCUGGCAACAAACUACUACUGGAUCCUAGUAGAGGGCCUGUAUCUGCAUAGUCUUAUCUUCAUGGCCUUCUUGUCAGACACUAAAUACCUGUGGGGCUUCACUCUGAUUGGAUGGGGUGUUCCUGCACUCUUUGUGUCAGCCUGGGCAAUCGUCAGGGCAACAGUGGCAGAUUCAAGAUGCUGGGAACUAAGUGCAGGCAACAUCAAAUGGAUCUACCAGGUCCCUAUUUUGACAGCUAUCGGGGUCCAGACGGAGAUCAAAAAGACCUGGACGCGCUGGAACCUGGCCUUGGACUGGAAGGGCCCAGUGGUGUGUGGCGCUUACCGCUACGGCUCCGUGCUCACGGGACUCAACAACAGCACGAGCAGCCACUCGCAGCUGGCGGCCGGGGGGGCCGGCAGCCGCUCCACCACCUUGUUCUCCAGCCGGGUGUACCGCAGCACCGCACCGCCCUCAGUUGGCGCCCAUGCCGUCCUGCCAGGAUACGUGCUCAGCAACUCGGACGCUGAGAGCCUGCCGCCCUUCGUCCCAGAGGAGUCGGAAGGCAGCGCCAAACGGGUGGAUGACAUCCUGCUGAAAGAAUUGCUGCCUGUGCUGGCCAGAAGCCACCUUGAGGAUGAAGAGGAGACGCUGUAGGUAAUGAGGAUGAGGUCACGGGACUGUUGACCUUAGGUACGGAUGCCCGGUGAGCAUGAAAAUCACAGGGUACAUCUGGAAUAAACCUGGACAUUUUAAGGCAGACUGCGAUGGAUUACUUUGUUGCUACACUCCUAAGUGUUUGAUUACAUUUUCUAUGAAUGCAUGAAACACCCAAGUGUGGUUUACCAGUUAUGGAAAAAUUAUGAAAGAUGUGACUAAUAUAGAGUUAUUCCUUUUUCAAAUUCCUUUUCAAGUCCCUGAAUUCUGUAUUGUGAUUGCAAAUUAAAGUAUGAAUUAUCUUCAUUUAAAUUAAUUUCAUUCGCAGUAGAUUCGUUUUAUGAUUACAUGAUGGAUUUGCAGGUAGUUUAAAAUACAACAGGUCCUUUACUCAGCAUAUAAAGAUACCAGAAUAAAAUGUCCAAGUAUUUUAAAUAUACAUAAUGUGUGUUCUGUUGUGAUCAUUUAAAAAUAUUCCCAAAGGUUUAUUUAUGUGAUUUUAAAAAGUAUUUAAAUAAAUCAUAUGUAUUCCAAGUGUUCUUGUGAAUGAACAGUUUAUGGAAAAGAGUGUAUGGAAAAUACACAUAGACUUGCAGAGGCUUAAGAAUGUCUUAUUUUAUUUGAUUGAUUGAUUUAUUAUUUAUUUUUGAGCAACUGUCUAAUCUUCAACACACUGGGAGGAAGGAUUCACUUCUGCUGCACAACCAUGACUCCAAAAGAACUUUCAUGCCACAUGUCAACAGGAAGUGAAAGACUAGUCCGUGCUUCUCUCCCAGGAUUGUGGCUGAAUGCAUUCCAAUAGACUCCAGACUAGCGUCACAUCAGCUGGUUAGCAGAACAUCGAUCCCUUCUAGUCUUCUCCUCGGAAAAGUGAAACAGCUCUUCUUCCCGAAGCGUCGCUAACUUACAGAACAAUUUUUUGUAAUAUUUCAAAUAUCUCUCAUAUUGAAAUGGAUGUGACUAUUUUUACUUUAUAUACUGACUUCUUUCAUCUUAAUUGGGUAAAUAUACUGAAGCCAGGAAAACAACUGUAGUUUAUUACUUAAGCACUGGCAGACAAUCUGAAGCUCUAUACGUUAAAACAAGGUGCACAAGGGCUGCUGUGAUUUCGAGCUGAAUUCACUAAAUGUUUUAGCAUGUAAACAGUGCCACUGAAAACAAUGCUCUUUCGAGCUACUGAAAGGUCUUGUAAUUUUUUAUACAUGCCACAAAUGUUGGUAUUUUUGUGAUGGAUUCAUUUUAUGUGUAAUGCAUGUUCUAAAUGAAAGUCAUUCACCAGGCUAUGUGAUGUAUAGACUGCUUCCGCACAUACUUUAAAAUGCAUAUAUUUACUUUAAGUUAGAUUUUUUGAUGCAUUGUUCACCAUCAAAGAAGCAUUUUUUUCAAGUGUUGC